GGGGCUCUUUAUCUUGCUUUUUUCGAGCUCAUCGUCUUCGCCAGCGACCUUGAAAAUGUCGGCCCCAUCCAUGGCCGCAGCGCUUGCUGCAUCACUUCCCGCACCAGCCGCGGCUGUCACGCCUGCUGCGCCCACAUAUGAAGCCAUUCCUCCGUCCAUGUCAACUGCAAUCGAUGUCGAAGCAGAAAUACCGCUCACAUGUGUUCAGCUAGACGCUUUGGUUGUUUCCAAGAUCAUACAACACAGUCAAGAUUCCCCUUCGGGAUCUGCACACGGCCUUUUACUUGGUCUGGAUUUGGAGGGCACCCUAGAGGUGUCCAAUAGCUUCCCACUACCAAAUCACACCAACGAUGACGACGAAAAGGUCUCAAAAUCUCUCGCACGUUAUCAGACAUCAAUGUUGCGAUCGUUGAGAGAGGUACAAGGCGACGAUAACGUUGUUGGAUUUUACCAGGCGACUAGCCUCGGUGCUUUCUACAGCCAAUCUUUGAUAGAUACCCAAGCAAUACACCAGGAGAGACUAAGACAUGGGGGUGUUGUCAUUGUGCACGACGUAUCACAGACGGCGCGGGGAACUGCGUCAUUCCGUGCGUUCAAGUUGACGCCGUCGUUUAUAGACGUUUACAAAAAAUCUAAUUUCAGCGCCUCGAGCUUGGUGCAUCAUCGAUUGACGUUCUCCUCGAUCCUAGAAGAGGUUCCGUUGAGAAUUCGUACAAAUCCGUUGCUGAGUUCGUUCUUGAAUGUUUUGGCCGCGCCGUCUUCGGCGAGUCCGUAUACAUCCGCGCAUCUUGGGUCGCCGGCGACAAGCGCAAUACCGCCUUCUUAUUCCGCACUCGAUCUCGGUAAUUCUGGGCUUGCACGGAAUUUGGAACAGGUUGCGGAAGGGAUUGAUAAUUACCGGACGGAGGAAGGUAACGUCGCCUAUGCGUCGAGGCAGAUUGCACGGGAGAAGUUGCGGCUGGAAACCCACCUGGCGAAGCGGCGGGAAGAGAAUGCACAACGCGUGUCUCAGGGGCUGAAUCCGCUCCCCGAGGAGGACGUGAGCCGGAUGUUUAAGAUCCCACCUGACCCAAGUCGGCUGGACAGCUUGCUGUUGUUGGGACAGUUGGACGCGUAUGCAAAGACGCUGGAGAGUGCAGCAGGAUUAGGGUUGGCGAAAAUGUACGCUGCGCGGGCCGGACACACGACGUGAAUCAGUGAUCCAGUUUUCUUACACGUGUCCUUGUAAAAUUUCUGCAACCCAAAGGGGCUAGUGUAAGGCUGCGCAUGGCUAUCGAGUAUAUGGAAGAAUGAACCUGUCCGCAGUCCGUCGCGACGGAAAUGUUG